UUUUAACGUUGAAAGAAACACAUCAUUUACACCAGGCGCAUUAGAUCUUAAAAUGAAUUCGUUAUUUUUAAGAGGUUUUCUUGUUUUGGCUUCUGUUUGUAGAAUUCAUUCCUAUAGUAGCGGAGCACCCCCGAGUGCAUGUGUUAGUUUAACGCCAUUACAUGGGCUUUCACCACAGACAUCAACCGCACCUUAUUCCAUGAACGUUUCAUCAACAACGUAUGGACCAAAUCAACAAAUAACAGUUUCUAUCACCGGUUCAACUUUACGAGGUCUAAUUGUUCAAGCUAGGAAGUCAUCUGGGGAAACAAUUGGAACCUUUAGUAAUCCAUCAACUGACACUAGAAUUUUUCAAUGUACAGCAAACUCAGAUUCUUGGACUCAUUCCAGUAGUGGUAUCAAAGCAUCCCCAACAGUGACAUGGACAGCUCCAUCAACAAAUAUGGGAGAUAUUGUUUUAAAGUAA